AUGGGGCUGACCAGUCCGCUCAGUCGAUACCGCCUGUACUGGCGGAUGCUAGGCGCUAUCUUAGCUCUUCUUCUUCUUCAUCAUGUGUUAUGCCUUCAAAGCGCUUUUGUAGUCCAACAAACGGAUGACUAUCUCAACCCGAUUAGAGACGUGUUUCGCCCCCGAGCCCGCAAUUGCGAACAGCUGGACGGAAUCGAAGAUAUUUUUGUCGUCCUCAAGACCGGCGCAAACGAAGCCCGCGAGAAGCUUCCCGUUCAUUUUGCGACGACGCUACAAUGCCUUCCGAACUAUGCCAUUUAUUCCGAUUUAGAGGAGACGGUGGCCGGCCACCACAUUUACGAUGCCCUUGACGAAGUAAACCCGGAGAUCGUUGCCAACCACCCGGACUUUGUAUAUUACCAGAGCCUGAAGCAAAAGGGCAGAGAUGGGUUCUCUGCAGAAGAGCGCGAUCAGUGGAACCAUGCCCAGAACACCAUAUUCGGCCGUGACAGCCCAGGCUGGCGAUUGGACAAGUGGAAGUUCUUGCCACUGGUGGAAAAGGCAUUGAAGCAGAAGCCGGAUGCCAAAUGGUACGUCUUCAUGGAGACGGACACAUACAUACUGUGGUCGCAACUCAUCUUUUGGCUGAACCACUUCUGGCCCGAAUAUCCAUACUACAUGGGAGUCCAGAUGCAGAUAGCCGAUGAUGUCUUUGCGUACGGCGGCGCAGGCUUCGUUCUUUCCAACAGAGCCUUAAAAAUGCUUGCGAAUCAGUACAAGCUGAAGAGGAGACACUACGACGAGCUCACUGGUGAACAUUGGGCCGGCGAUUGUGUGCUUGGAGUUGUCGCUGCGGAUGCUGGUGUGCAGCUACAGUGGUCAUGGCCUAAUCUGUUCGGAGAGAAACCAAACAACAUGAACUUCAACGACGAUUUCGCUGGACCCGAUGUGCACUUAUGGUGCAACUAUGUCUCGAGUUACCACCACAUGCAGCCCCAGGAUAUGAUCCAAUUCAGUGAUUUCGAGGGCACAUGGAAAGCAAUGAACGGUAGGACUCUACGACACAAAGAUGUCUUCCGCCAAUAUAUCUUCCCUCAACUCGCGCCCCUGAAGGCCGAUUGGGAUAACGUCUCAGAUGAGGUGCGCAACGAAAAGAGCUCAUUGGAGGAAUGUCGCUCCAUAUGCGAAGCGGACGAUGAAUGUGUGCAGUUCUCAAUUUCGGAAGAGAUCUGUAGGACAUCUAAGAUUGUCAAGUUGGGCCAAAAGAGCAACACAGGUUCAAUGCAGACCAAUUCUGGUUGGAUGAUGGACCGUGUGAAUCAGUUCAUGGAGGACAUGGACGCCUCGUGUUGGGACCAAACUUGGAUACAGCCUUGA